CUCUGUACCCAGUCAGUAGGUCCACUGCAACUCUUCAUCACCACAAACACUCUACUUUCAUCACAAACUACCAUCCAUCAUGAGGGAGAUCGUGCACAUCCAAGCCGGCCAGUGCGGGAACCAGAUUGGUGCAAAGUUCUGGGAGGUGAUCAGCGAUGAACACGGCAUCGACCCAACAGGAACCUACCACGGAGACAGCGACUUGCAGCUGGACAGGAUCAGUGUGUACUACAAUGAAGCCACUGGUGGGAAAUAUGUGCCUAGAGCCAUCCUUGUUGACCUUGAACCAGGCACCAUGGACUCAGUCCGCUCUGGACCUUUUGGACAAAUUUUCAGGCCGGACAACUUUGUCUUUGGUCAAAGUGGAGCUGGAAACAACUGGGCUAAAGGUCACUACACGGAGGGGGCAGAGCUGGUGGAUUCGGUCCUGGAUGUGGUGAGGAAAGAGGCAGAAAGCUGUGAGUGUCUGCAGGGUUUCCAGCUCACUCACUCUCUGGGAGGUGGUACCGGCUCUGGCAUGGGCACCCUGCUCAUCAGCAAGAUCAGAGAGGAGUACCCUGACCGCAUCAUGAAUACCUUCAGUGUGGUGCCCUCUCCUAAGGUGUCGGACACAGUGGUUGAGCCGUACAACGCCACGCUGUCAGUCCACCAGCUGGUAGAAAACACAGAUGAGACCUACUGCAUUGACAACGAAGCCCUUUAUGAUAUUUGCUUCCGCACUCUCAAACUCACUACACCCACCUACGGCGACCUGAACCACCUUGUCUCAGCCACCAUGAGCGGUGUGACCACCUGCCUGCGUUUCCCAGGCCAACUUAACGCCGAUCUGAGGAAACUGGCUGUCAACAUGGUGCCCUUCCCCCGUCUCCACUUCUUCAUGCCUGGCUUUGCCCCUCUGACCAGCAGGGGGAGCCAGCAGUACCGCGCCCUGACCGUGCCCGAGCUCACCCAGCAGGUGUUUGACGCCAAAAACAUGAUGGCUGCCUGCGACCCUCGCCAUGGUCGCUACCUGACGGUGGCUGCCGUGUUCCGUGGCCGCAUGUCCAUGAAGGAGGUGGAUGAGCAGAUGCUGAACGUCCAAAACAAGAACAGCAGCUACUUUGUGGAGUGGAUCCCCAACAAUGUCAAGACAGCCGUCUGUGACAUCCCACCACGUGGCCUCAAGAUGGCCGUCACCUUCAUCGGCAACAGCACAGCCAUCCAGGAGCUGUUCAAGCGCAUCUCUGAGCAGUUCACUGCCAUGUUCCGCCGCAAGGCCUUCCUCCACUGGUACACCGGUGAGGGCAUGGAUGAGAUGGAGUUCACCGAGGCAGAGAGCAACAUGAAUGACCUGGUCUCCGAGUACCAGCAGUACCAGGACGCCACUGCCGAGGAGGAGGGAGAGUUUGAGGAAGAGGUGGAAGAGGAUGCCUAAAAAAGUAACAGCAAAUGAUGAAAGAGAUGAGUUUAAAGGGAUAGUUCGGAUCUUUUGGGUGUGUCUGAGGUACAUCUCCAUAGUUGGUGUAUUACAGACUGUAGAUGUCAGUCGGCACGCCCCCAGUUUAGAGAAGCAGACAGGAGUGCCACCACGGAAGCUAAGCGAUGUACUGCUGUGGAGGGGGGCGGCAGCAAACCGCCACCUAAAAAAUCAAUAAGGGAAAAACUAGAAUUUUAGCUCAGUGAACAAGGGAGCUGCUGGUCCACCGCUGCCUCAAACCGUCAGUUUAUUUUUGUUAUUUUGUGACUUUGGUUAACCCGAACCAACCCUUUUAAACGCCAAAGUCACACAAUAACACAAACUAACUACCAAUAGAGGCAGCAGUUGACCAGCAGCUCCUGUGUUCAGCAAUCCUAAAUUGCUGUUUUUUUUCAAUGGAGUCUGGCUUUGAAGAUUUAACAUUUUCAUAUCCCCAUCAGAAAUCACUGUCUGACAAUAAGGUAAAGCAGUGAAAGUAUUAUAAAUAUAAUGUACUCUGAAACUGUUAUUGAUUUUUCUUUAGUGGCUAAAAUAUUGAUGCUUCCUCUGUCCUCAGGCAUACGUCUACUGUUCCUAAUACACUGACUGUACAUAAGUACCUCAUUCAGCCCCACUUCUAAAGAUCCGAACUAUCCCUUUAAUAACCAAAAUAAAUAGAUAAAUAAAAACAUCCAGAAGAAAAGAGAAAAGAAAAAUAUUGUGAGAUGAAAUGAAGGAAUGCAGCAGAACGGAUAAGGAAGGCUGGUUAGAGAAGUAUGGGAGUCUCAGUUGGUUAAUGGAGGAAAGGAAACUAUGUGAAGGAAUAAGAAUGAAAGAUAAAUGUUGGAAGGAAAGUAAAAGAGAAGCGGGAUGAGAAAUAGGGUGAAAAUCACGUGACCAAAUUAAUGUGCCAUGGUUUACAGUUUAUUGUGACGCCAUGUUCUUUGUUCAGUUUUACCAAGACUAGCUUUGCAACCUCUUUUUUAACGCUGUGAUCUUAUCUUGCAGCAAACGAAGCACUUCUUACACUUCACUUUAAUUGCAUAGGAUCAUAUUUGACUGUUUUCUGGAAAACAAAAAUUAAAACAAAGUAAUCGUGGCGACUCUACAUAGUAAAGUUAAUUCCACCUUGAACGAAUGUGGUUAAAUCACUGAUUUAAAAUGCAAUAUGACACUACACACAUUCACACUCAAUGCAAACAAGCUGUGAACGUUUGCCAAAUAUUACUGACAUGACAUUACCUGUUGCACGAGAAACCGUAUUUUGCAGCCAUUGGAACAAUCAAAUCAAUGUGCUUGUUCACUGAUUUGAAGCACAGAGUUAGCAGUUCGAUCAGUUUGUUUAUUUCAAUGCUUAAGCAUUUAAAAGAGGUGAAGUCAAAGAAUGUCAAGUGUGAAAAAUCUUAUAGCUUAGGUUAUUUUGGUAAAACCAGACCUGUGACCUUGAAAUUGAGCUCCACAAAUGUGAAAUCAUGCCAUUAUCAGUGUUUAUCGCUUUUAUAAGUGUUCAUUACUGCCAUUAUUUAUCAGCUUUGAAGAUCCACUCUCAGAGAUAAAUGUGAAUUUGAGGAGUAGGUGGGACUGUCAGUAUUUGUUCCUUACUGGGGCCUGUACUCUGCGUAAAUUGAUUGGAAAUAUUAACAUUUUGACUGUUGUUGUUGCGUCCCUCUUAAGACUGUGGGUAGAAAAAGACAUCCAGGUGGGAUUUUUGCUGGCCCAGUAAUUUAAGUCAGAGAGAGAUCAGAGUUUCAGGUCAGUAUCUAUGGGAAGACCUCUCCAUUCCUGUUAGACACAAGCAAAGAGAAUUCUUUGUUUCUCACAGUAGGUGAGAUUAACUUUUAUGGAAAAGUCUCAGCUGAAGGCACCCGUCAAUUUCAACUUCAAGUAGCAAAUUUACAUAAUUAAGUUGUCUUUUUCUCAUCUGAAUUGGAACUUUUAUUUAAUUAAGAAAGCACAGAAAUAGGUGUCAUAAUUUUAAUAAAGUUAGACAUAUUUUACCAAGGUUUGUUGGAGCAGAACCUGCAGCAAUUUCAACAUAUUACAUAACAGUAAUUUAAAAUUCUGCAAUGUUGUCAGUCAGAACAAAGAUGACUUUACUAAACAAAUUGACUGCACUAAGAUACAUUUUCACAGUUUUAAUGCAAUAACAGCAGCGGCUGCAGGAUUACUCUCAGACGCCAGCCAACGUCAUGAGGAGAAUCACACACUGCGGAUGUCCUUAACCCAUAUCAGGUUGUGAAAAGCAUAAUAGACUUUACCUGAUCUGUUUUCCAUUCCCUUUAUUCCCUGAUAUGUUAGACUCAAAAGGGCCUGAGCUAACCUUGGUUGGUCUUUGCUGUUGUUGGAUUAGAACCACGUAUCAGUUAAGUAUUAUAUUCAAAGACAGUAAUAAAAAAUAUUUUGUCUGUGACCUUCAUGUGUUUUUUAAUGCACAUUUUAUAGACUUUAGGGGCCCAGUGGUCAGUGGACUUAGAUGAGAAGGACUGAAAAGGAAAAUAUCAGUAGUUUUAACUGUUAAGCAGUUAUAUCACCAUUCUAAGUUAAAAAAAACAACAACAACUAAUCAGACUAUGAAACCCCAGCUUUGACAGGGCAAAUGGACUGCAAUGACUAUGCAGUGACAUGGAUUUUCCAGUAUUUUGUUAAGUUAAAAUGUCGAGAGGUUGAAGAAUAUGUUCCAUUUAAUCAUCACAUUAAGUCAUUUUAACAUGUUAUUUUUUAAGGCUUCUUGAAACACAUUUGAAAAAUAAAAAGGCCCCUUUUUAAAGGGAAAAAGAUCAUUUUGUAGUUUUGUAUUUCAUCCUGUAACAUCCUGUGAACAAGUGCACAAUUUAACAUUCUGAUAAA